AUGAACAAACUUGUUGUCUAUGAACAUCCCGAUUUUAAAGGGCUUUCCCGAGAGUUCACUGAAGAUGUCCCUGAUCUGGUCGCACUGAGCUUUGACAAUAUCAUCUCAAGCUUGGAGGUGUUUGGCCAACCCUGGAUCUUGUAUGAACAUCAGUUCUAUUGUGGAAAUAUCCGAGUGUAUGAAGAAGGUCGCUAUAAAUUUACCGAAGGGUUCGGUGAUACGAUCUCAUCAAUGAAACUGAUCCAAGAUGACCUGAGCAAUCCUCGCAUAACUCUGUAUGAACAUCCCAAUUAUCAAGGCAUAUCCAGAACCUUCACCCAAGAAACCAACCUUGUUUUUGGCGACAUGAAUGACAAAGCUUCCUCCCACGUUGUCCAGGGUGGGGCUUGGGUUCUCUAUCAACACCCCAACUGCGAGGGGUACAGGUUUGUGGCAAGAAAUGGUGAAAGUGUCCCUGAUUAUGGUUUCAUGUAUUUCCAUGAUCGUGUAUCCCACAUCCGCCCUCUGAAGUCCGGGAAGCCUACGAUUAAAAAGGUGACUGUCCUUUGGGAUGAAGCGAAGACAGAAUCAAAGCAGCAAACAAUUGAUGAAAUUAUCAGUGAAAAUCAAACCCCCUACGAGCAAGCUUUCACAGCCGCCCAGUCCAUUACUAAGGAAGUGAACAUUUCCCAGUCUUUAACCUUCAGUCAAUCCAGUCAAAUCACCCUUGGCAGCACCUUCAACAUGUCAGCUUCAGUGGAUAUGUUUGGUAUCCAAGCUGGCAUGAGCCUUGAGCUGAAAACGGAGCUUCAGUUAGGAUUCCAAGUGGAAAAGGGCAAAACAGAAUCUAAGACUACAACCAUCAAACGUGAGUUCACUCUCCCUGCCAAGGUCCCUGCCAAGACAAGGCUGAAGAUUGGUGUGGUUCAGGAGCAAGUUACCUACGAUCUUCCUGUAGAGAUGGAGGUGUGGAUAGGAUCGGAGAUGAAACGAGAGAUGGCAAAUCUGCACUGCAAUGAUGGGAGUAAAGUUACUCUCAUCUAUAGCUCAGAGCAGCUGUAG